AUGCAGUCUGCUCUGUUGACCACUGUCCUUGCCCUCGCGGCGCCCCUCGUCUCUGCGGCUACACUUCCCAGAGAUGCCGUGGAGGUCGAGGUCCGCGACACUACCGUGCCAGUCUCUUAUGCCACUGCAUACCUGGACAUCAGCCUCAAGAUCGCCGACUUCGGCUGCUAUGCCGCCCCGAACGGCAACCUCGUGAAGGAUUACGAGUACUUCGUCGACGUCCUCGAGGACUACUACAGCAUCGUCGCCACUCCCUGGGCUGCCCACGACAAGACUGCUUGCGGCCAGUGCGUGGAGGUCACUUACACCAACGCCGCAGGCGAGAAGCGCAAGGUCUACGGCGUCACGGUAGACUCCACUGCAGGCUACUUCAACUUCGACCAGGCUGGGUUCGCCGGCUUGGACGGCCGCGCGUCAUUCGACGCUGGCACACUCCAGGCUACUGCGAAGACGGUUGACCUGCAGAAGUGCCGCCGUGCAAGGCAGUAG